CCACAUUCUUCCUUAUAGAUAUAGCUGUACCGCCCAUUUCAUACGGAAUCUGCCCUUAGUGUUCAAUUUCACCUCACCUCGCCGCAUUUAAAAAGAAAAUGACGAUGUUAACAUCUCACUGAUUAGACAAUACCACACUGAAGACAGUCACUUCACCAAAUAUAGUUCACACAAAUGCCUCCACCAGAUCUAGAUGUGGAGAAGCUACCCUCGCCGGGAUUAGAGAAAACACCCGACGCAUUAGCCAUGUCUACCAAGCGUCUCGCCAAUCCUGGUCCACUAGGCUUCGGAGGCUUUGCGACGGUGCUAAUGACGCUCUCGCUUUCCAUGAUGGGCAUUCGUGACGUGUCAAACCAAGCCGUCUUCAUCGGAGACCUCUGCUUCAUAGCUGGCCUUGGUUUACUCGUCUCUGCCCAGUGGGAGAUGGUGAGAGGUAAUACGUUUGCAUUUACAGUGCUCUCUGCUUUCGGACUCUACUAUGGCGGAUACGGUGUGUUACUAAUGCCCUCGAUGGGCAUUGUCUCUUCGUAUGGCGGACAGACUGCAGAGUACCACAAUGCGUUUGGAUUGUACCUUCUAGUCUGGUCGAUCCUCAAUUUCUUCUUCCUUGUCGCUUCCUUAACAACCAAUGUCGCGAACAUCGUCAUCUAUGCGGGGUUGGAGCUCUCCUACGUUCUCAAUUGCGCUUCGCACUUCUCGAUCGCCGACGGUAAAGCAGCCGCCAGCCAGAAUUUGACGACCGCAGCUGGAGCUUUUGGUUUCCUGGCGUCUUUAGCAGGCUUUUAUGUGGUUGCACAUGAACUGUGCCAGGACGCGUUGCCUUUUAAUGUCCCGUUAGGAGACACAUCAUUAUUCGCUCGAGAACGAAGACUAGGUGUAAAGCGGAACUGA